AUGAAAGCCUCCGCUGCUACUAUCGCUGCCGCGCUAGUGACUUCGGCCGUCCCCGCUAUCGCCUAUCCUGCGACUUUGCAAACUCGCGACGGCGAGACUUGGAAGAGUGACAAGGGCGGAAACAUCCAGAUUGAGGUCGGCAAUGACUUGAUUCUUUUUGGAAGCGCCUUACCUUCAGCUACUCUCGAUGCCAUCCUCAAUCAAUGUGGGGAGUACGGUUGCAAGCCGGGGGAGCCCCGCAAAGUCAAAACUGUGCGCAUCGGCGCCGGUGAUAUGGGCCAGGAGACGGAGCUGAUUCUCACGGUUGAGGGUAGCUUCGCUACUGAGAAAGAGCCUGGUGAUAAAGCUCAUCUUGUCGGAAUGGCCAAGACGGUCAUGAAAAAGAUGUUUUACGAGGGAAAGCACAAGCUGGAACAGGACGUUCCUUACUACACCAAGCCUUGCCAACAGACUAAGAACGGCUGUAUCCAUAAGGACAAAUACUACGCUGAUCAAUGGCAAGCCACCGACCAUAUCAAUGUUCGGUAUGAGGACGAGAAGAAGGGCUUCGAAUCAUUUCUUAACGUCGGAUUCUCCUUCGAGGAGGCGCAGAGUCUUGACGGAGACAUCUGCGCUGGUAUUGUUGAUAUUGGUGGCACCAUGGCCGAUGCCAUUUCCAAAAUUCACCCGAUAGCAGGUGUCGGUUUCUCACUUGCGUCUUUUGGCUGCGCUUUCGUCUGA